UAAACACCAGUAGCCUAACAAACAGUGAAGUGUGGGUUUUCCCCGCCCAACUGUGGAGGUCGAUGUUGGGAAGAUAACGGAUAACAAGAAAAUGUCGGGUCCAGGUAUAUCGUAGCCUUCAAGAUUGCGCCAAGAAGCCAGAAGUUUCCUGUGUUUAGUCCAGAGGUUGGGCUCUUGAAAAAAAUCAUCUGUCCAAAAGCCAGUUGCUCUGUGUGGAAAAGGUUGCAAUUUGUACACGAUAGGUGUGGACAGGUCUUGAGGUAUUUACCUGUACCAGCUAAUCACGUAACAGGAAGCACAUAAAGAUUUGAUAAAACCGUCAUCUAGAGAAUGUCAAGCACUGGAUUAUUGACCCUUUUCACACUUGCAAUCUUAGCGUGUUGUCACGCGGCUGAAGAGGAAAGAGAAAUAUUCAGUUUAAAAGAAAAUGGCACGGAUGUUCAGUAUAAAGGGUUGGUCUACACUAGCGAAUUCAAUCACACAACGUUUCUGCUGGCCAAAUUUCUUGGUAUUCCUUACGCUCAACCCCCCGUGGAGGGGAGACGUUUUGCCAAGCCAGAGCCUUGGGUGAAUGAAGACAACACGACGAUUGAUGCGACUCAGUUUAAGAGCAUCUGUUACCAGAAAGUCGACCCAACAAACGAUUGUCAGCGAGGUUGGAACAUGUCUGAGGAUUGCCUCUACCUAAAUAUAUACGUACCAUUGAAACAAGGGGAUGUAGCUAAUAUAAAUACAGAUUUGGAGUCGAGAAUUUCUGGGAAGUACCCAGUUUACGUGUUUAUUCACGGUGGAGCAUUUUUCCGGGGUAACGGAAACUGUUACAUCCCUUCAAAUCUAGCCGGGCUAGGCGAAAUCAUCGUCGUUAAUUUCAACUACCGGUUAGGUCCCCUUGGUUUUCUAACAACAGAUGACGAUGUCCUGCCAGGGAACUUGGGACUCUGGGAUCAGCAUGAGGCGAUUAAAUGGAUCCACGGGAACAUCCACUUGUUUGGGGGCGACCCUAGUCGGAUCACAGUGGGCGGGCAGUCUGCCGGGAGUCAAAGCGCGAUAUACCAGUCUUUGUUCGCACCCAACCGAGAUUUGUUUCAAAGAGUCAUUGCACAGAGCGGCACACCAAUGUCCAGACAGAGUGUGAGCACCACUGGUUAUGAAAUCGCCUUGAAUUUUUCCAACACGCUAGGCUGUAACAUAGACAGUGCAUCAAAACACAGCGAUGGUAUAAAGACUUGCUUAAUGAAGGCUGACGCGUACACAAUGGCGCAGACUCUGGUCCCGAGUAUUAUAACAUCCGGGGUACCAUUCCAACCUACCCUAGACGGGAAGUUUGUAAACAAGGCAAUGUACUCGUUCUUGGCGCAACCAUCGGGCAUCUCAAAUACUACCAUCCCAGAUUUAACAUUCCCAAACAAAGAUCUCCUCAUCGGCUAUGUCGCAGAAGACGGUGAAGUUUUCUACAGGCUGUGGACGAUUCUGCUAAAUGAUAAAAUCACUAACGACACAACAAGAAGCGAGGCUAUGAACUCUUUAAUCGACGUGAAGAAACUACGAUGGAUCAUUUUUGUUGCGUUAGCUGACAAGUUCAACGAAGAUAUUAAUCAGUACGAUCCGUUAAUCGAUGUCGUAAUUGAUCGAUACAUAGAUUGGCAAACACCUGAAGAUUUGGUGUCGAUGAGCAACAGGGCAGUGAAACUGCUCACCGAAGUGUUCUUCGCACUACCAACUAUUGGUACGGCUUUGAGACACACUUUAUCACAAGAAGGAAAACCAAUCGGAAGCACCUACAUGUACAAGUUUAGAUUACCAUCAACCAAUAAGGGGUUUAAGGAAACCGCCUUAAGCUGGUUUGAAGGGACAGAACACACUGCAGAUAUACCCUACGUCUUUGGAUGGGUCAACGAAUCCGAAAGCGUGGAUAUUUCUCUUGCUAUGAUGACAUAUUUCUCAAAUUUCAUUAAAAGCGGCAAUCCAAACUCACCAAAAGCCACAAGACCCCCGACAUGGGAACAGUACAACCUCACAAACCAGACGUUUCUGGAAAUCUCGUCCACGUCAACAUUGAAACACUACGACGUAGCGGACAGCCGCCAUUUCUGGGAAAAGCUUAUGCCAGCAUUACGAGUGCAUUUCAAGAACAUGUACGAGGCGGAUGUGAAAGAUUCGCAACUGCAAUGUGAAGCUCACAAAAAUGCAGGAAAAAGACAUGAAUCAAAUCUUUCAUUCGCCUUUCAUUUACUAAUGAUUUCUCUGUGUAUGAAGGUGACGUUGUGGUGAAUUUAAAAGAUAAACUCACUGCUCGUCUCACAAGCCUUACUUCACUGAAUAAAAACCUUUAUGUCAGAAGACAAUUGAAAAACAAAUAAAAACAAACUGAAUCGAUUAUUUUCUUUUUUCGAUUCCUUAUUUUAAAAAAACCAUUUGUCCUUCCAAAUCACUUCGAAUAAUACAUUUACUUGAGAAAAAAAUUUUGCUUUUUUAAAAACUUAUUUUUAGUGCAUUUAAAAACGUAUUGUAACGAUUUUAAAAAAUAGUUUUAUUGUAUAGCUAAAUAUGAGUAUAAUAACAAACAGGUAGGAAAGGCCAGGAUUUAUGGUUGGUCAGCUGGGCCAUAAAAAAAUAUAUCCACCUGUCUUUUGUAUUCACCUUGAGUGUGUCACGGUCACUACCACGCUAAACCCAGUGUUAGUCAUAGGGUAUGG